UUAAUUUCAAUUCAUUCGCGUUGAACCCGUUCGUCCGAUUCAGUUCGCUCACUCAUCCAAUUUUCAAAACAUUUUCAAACAUUUUCCUAUUGAGAAUGGAAGACGACGAGGACCAAGAACCACCGCUCGCUGUUGAAAUCAACGAUACCACCACCGUCGACCUUAACCCAUCGCUGCAGUCCCUUCAAUCUGAUCAACGGCUGGACAUCGUCGACGCUUCACCGGUCGGCGUCACCGUCAUCACAGGCUAUCUCGGUGCCGGCAAAUCCACUCUGGUGAAUUAUGUAUUGAAUACCCAACAUGGGAAGAGGAUUGCUGUGAUAUUGAAUGAGUUUGGUGAAGAGAUUGGAGUAGAGAGGGCUAUGAUCAAUGAAGGUGAAGGUGGGGCUCUUGUUGAAGAAUGGGUUGAGCUGGCAAAUGGGUGCAUUUGUUGCACCGUCAAGCAUAGCCUGGUUCAAGCAUUGGAGCAACUUGUGCAGAGGAAGGAGAGGCUUGAUCAUAUAUUGUUGGAGACUACAGGAUUGGCGAACCCUGCUCCUCUUGCAUCUAUUCUCUGGUUGGAUGAUCAGUUAGAAUCAGCAGUCAAGCUUGAUUCCAUAAUUACUGUUGCAGAUGCAAAAAAUCUCCGUUACCAGCUCCAAAGGCAUCAUGAUUCUUCCUCAUUUCCUGAAGCAUUUUCACAAAUAGCAUUUGCAGAUGUCGUAAUUCUUAACAAGGUUGAUCUGGUUUCUCUAGAGGAUUCUGGAAGUGCCUUAGAGGAUCUGGAGAAGGAGAUACAUAACAUUAAUUCCCUUGCAAAUAUAAUUCGUUCUGUGCGGUGUCAAGUUGACUUGUCCAAGAUACUAAACUGCCGGGCUUAUGAUGCUUCACAAGUCACUCAUUUGGAAGCAUUAUUGGAAGAAAAUAAAUCUCUAUCUACCAGAGAACUUCAUGAUAGUGGUGUGCGAACCUUGUGCAUUUGUGAGCCAUGUCCUGUCAACCUUGAUAAGGUUCGAUUGUGGAUUGAAGAGAUUCUUUGGGAUAAGAAAUAUAACAUGGAUGUUUAUCGAUGCAAGGGAGUUCUAAGUGUCUUAAACUCAGAUCAGCUUCAUACUCUACAGGCCGUGCGAGAGAUAUAUGAGAUCACUCCUACACGUAAAUGGAGAAGCAAAGACAAUCAGACGAACAAGAUAGUUUUUAUAGGUCAAUCACUAAAUGAAGAGAUUCUUCUUAAUUCCUUCAGAGCCUGCAUAGCAACAACAGCUUGUUAAUUUUUGUUUUUCACAGACAUACAACCAACCUAGUGUUAUCAAGGAUGUGCAAUGGAUCAUGGUUAAAUAUCAAGUCAAAAGGACUCACUCAGUAGUUGCAAUUGAAGUCCUUCAUGGAACUUAAACAUCUGGGGAUUUCAGUUCUCUUACUAGUUGCUUUAGCUCUUCUCAAAGAACAUUUGUGUUGAGAUCUUCUCUUCUUCUUUUUUUCUUUUUCUUUUCCUUCAUUUUUUUUAUUUUUAUUUUUCUCCUCCCCUGUUGUGUAACCUAUUUCUAGCAUGUAUGAUGCUUACAUUUUGUUUGAAUUAUGGGAUUAUUCAAUGAUAAAGAGGGGAAGCCUUGUUUACAAUGAUAAAA